AAAGGUUCGUCUGCUACGUGUUUGAAACACGUGUUGGCGUUUCGUAAACACUGUCGACUCCUUGUCCAUCAAGUAAACUAAACACCCUACAUAGUGAGGAUUCUAUUUCAUGUUCACUGAAAUAACCGAAACAUGAAAUGAAUAAAUUUGAUCAAUUCAAAGACGUUGUCGCUUCACGUGGACGAGGACGAGGCGGUGGCCGUGGUCGCGGAAGAGAUGGCCGUGAUAGAGGGGGCCCUAGAGGUGGAAGCAGAGGAAAUAUGAGGGGAAAUUUCAAAGGAGGUAAACAAGCAAAUCUAAUUGAAGAUGGCAGCAAUCAUAAUCAGCCGGAGGAACCACAAGGAAAUCAUGACAGAGAAAGUGGGAUACAAAGAAGUGGUGAGCGAGCAGAUGCUGCACCAGGAAGUCGGGGUAGAGGGGGGACAGCCCAAGGAAGACAAGGUAGAGGGGGGUCAUCAAAAGGUAGACCAGGGAGAGAAAGCUCAGAAAAGGGUAACCAAGUAAGGCAUACAGUACUUGAACAAGCCAAACAAAGCAAGAAAGGAGACAUUCAGAAAAAAGAAGACACCAAGGAAAAUACUGGGUCUGAAAUAAAAGAUGGGCUAUCAUUAUACAUCACAUUCAAAGAUGGCCCAGAUGUGUAUGAACUGGAGAAACUAAAGGGAUUUCAUGCACUGCUAACACCACCCAGCAAGAAAGAAAAAGAAAAAAUAAUUCUAUUUAAAGAUAUUGAAUCUCUUGAAGCUGCAAAGCUUAUCCUAACUGCUCAUCAAAAUGUUAAAUCAACAAAUCUUAUGGGAUUCAAGUCAUUCAAGAGACAGAGUAAUACUUCAGAAAACUGUAAGCUAUUUUUGAGGUUUGACAAGCCUUAUGAUGAAGACACUGUAAAAAAACUUGACAGUAAAAUUCUAGAAGUACUCCCCCUAAAGGAUAACAGUUGCUGUAAGGUGCAAUUUGCAAGUCCAGAAGAAGCGAUGUCUGCAGCAGGAAGAUUAAAAAAUCUAAUUCGUAAAACAGGACUGAGACAAGUAGAUGGGUUUGCAGGAAGCACAGCUACAAAGUUGGGAACUUCCACCACUAAUGCCAUUAUUUAUCACGACCAGGUCGUGCUGAGAGAUGUGCCAAAAGAUGCCUCAAUCAAGGAUAUCGCCAGUCUAUUCCCAGAAGCAGUUUCCUACUUCCUUUACGACAAAACGUUUCCCGCUUCAAAGUUUUGUCACGCGGCUCUUCGCUUUAAAAACACGGAGCGGGUGGCUGAAAUUUUAAAAUGCAAAUUCUUGAAUAUUGCCGGGAAAAAAGUCUAUGUAUUUCCUGCCUAUGAGGAACUCUUAUGCGAAAAUCCACAAUUGGGUGAACCUGAACCUGUUGCAGUUGAAGUCAAAGAGGAACCACUAACCAAGAAAAGGAAAAUGGAUGUUCGAAAAGAAGAUGAUAGAAACGAUCAAGGAGAAUGCGCGAGCGAUGAGGAAGACGGUAUGGACGAAGAUGAAGAUUAAAACUAAUUGUAGCCAUUUGGGCAAUACGACAAGUUUUGAAAAUCAUGACAAAUAAAGGCCCCUAUUGGUUUAAACUA